UGAAAGACGAGACGGUAUAUUUUCGUUUUUUGUGCUUUUUACGCCAAACCGAACCGACUCACUUCUUCUUCACCAGCUGUUUUGAUUCUCUCAUUACUGUGAAAGUUCAUCCCCAGCAACUCAUAAUCAUCACAAUUGAUGGUCAAUUAAGAUAGGGUUUUGUGUUGAUUCCUCUGAUCCUGCUUAGUUUUUCUUCUUCACUGAAAAAUCCUACGUUGUCAGAACUUUUGAUUUCUGGAAGGUUCGGUUCGGGGUAAAAAAUGGAGUCGCUGUGCUUUCACGACGGGAACAUUUCUAACUUGAUCAAUAGUCGGACUCUCGGAUUCAAUCAUGACAUUAACCACAGCGUGCAAAUGCACUCUUCGUUGGUGCGGAGACUAUCUUUGGACAGAGAACUGGAGGGGCAUCGUGGUUGUGUUAAUUCUAUUGCUUGGAAUGCUGAAGGCUCCCUUCUUAUAUCUGGAUCUGAUGAUACUAACAUCAAUAUCUGGAGUUAUGCAAGCGGGAAGCUUCUGCACUCAAUUGAGACUGGUCACUCUACAAAUAUAUUCUGUACCAAAUUUGUUCCCGAAACUUCUGAUGAACUAGUGGUUUCUGGGGCUGGGGAUGCUGAAGUCCGUCUUUUUAAUCUGUCUCGAUUAAAAGGGCGAGGACUUGAAGAAAAUGCCAUUGAUCCAUCAGCCACUUUCCAGUGCCACACUAGGAGGGUUAAAAAAUUGGCUGUAGAAGUUGGAAACCCGAAUGUUGUGUGGAGUGCCAGUGAAGAUGGGACGUUGAGGCAGCAUGACUUCCGGGAAGGUGCUUCAUGUCCUCCUGCAAGGUCAUCUCAUCAGGAGUGCCGUAAUAUUCUUCUUGAUUUGCGUUGCGGAGCCAAGAAGUCACUAUCUGAUCCACCAAAGCAAUGUCUUGCUUUGAAGUCUUGCGAUCUCAGUCCUACCAGACCUCAUUUGCUCCUUGUUGGCGGGAGUGAUUCAUUUGCUCGGCUCUAUGAUAGAAGAAUGCUGCCACCGAUGUCAUCAAGUCAGAAAAAGUUGCCGCCGCCUCCAUGCGUGAGCUACUUUUGUCCAAUGCAUCUUUCUGAUCGUGGACGUUCAAGCUUACAUUUAACUCAUGUCACAUUCAGUCCCAACUCGGAAGAGGUGCUCCUUAGUUAUAGUGGGGAGCACGUAUACCUGAUGGAUGUGAACCCAGCAAACGGAGGUUCAAUGCGUUAUACAUCAGGAGAUGUUUCAAAUCUUACAAGCUUUAUACCCAAUCUCAAUGGGGUGGAGCUGCAACCUGCAGUGCGGCGCCUCUAUCCAAAUGGAUCUGUUGUGAAAAGACGUACAGCUGCUAUGCUUGACAAGUGCAGAAAAUUAAUUCAGUUUGCUGGAAAAUCACUGAAGGAGGAAACAAAUUAUUACCAUGGAAUUGAGGCUUGUAAUGAAGUUCUGGAUGGCUAUGGUCAUAAGAUUGGACCUGCAUUAAUGCAUGAGUGUCUAUGUCUUCGUGCUGCUUUGUUGCUUAAGAGAAAAUGGAAAAAUGAUGUGCAUAUGGCAAUAAGAGACUGUUUAAGGGCCAGGAAGAUAAAUUCUAAUUCUUUGAGAGCGUUGCUUGGUAUGGCUGAAGCUUUGUCACAGCUUGGAAAGCACAAAGAAGCUCUUGACUUUGCUGUUGCAGCCCAAUCACUUGCUCCCUCUGAUCCUGAGGUCGUGGAAAAAUUGAAUGACAUAAAAGGGCUUAUGGCUGCAGCUGAAGCUGAGAAAGUUAACAAGAAUGUCAAUGGAGAGUCAAAUUCUGAAUCUCGAUCUGCAAGGUUACUCUCUUUGAGUGACAUACUUUAUCGUUCUGAGGGUAACAGUGAUGCUUCACAAGAUGGUCCUAGGUCUGAUAGAGACGAUUCCGAUUAUGAUGAGGAGCUUGAGCUUGAUUUUGAAAUGUCAAGGCCGGAAGAAGAAGGGCAUGAAGUUGACUCAAAUGUUCUUCAUGGGAGUUUAAAUUUGAGACUUCAUAGGAGACCCGAUUCUUCCGAAGAGACUGAGAAAGUAAAUGGUUUUAGUGAAUCAGCUACGUCGUCUACACAUCAAUGCGAUAAAUUUCAGCCUGAGGCAGUGAUAGACAUGAAACGUAGAUACGUCGGCCACUGUAAUAUCGGGACUGACAUAAAGCAAGCCAGUUUUCUUGGGCAGAAAGGAGAAUAUAUUGCUAGUGGAAGUGAUGAUGGAAGAUGGUUCGUCUGGGAGAAGAGAACUGGUAGACUUGUGAAAAUGCUUCUUGGCGAUGAUGCUGUUGUAAAUUGCAUUCAGUGCCAUCCGUUUGACUCUGUUGUGGCCACCAGUGGGAUUGAUGAUACAAUAAAGAUUUGGGCCCCUACUGCUCCAGUCCCUUCAAUUGUAUCUGGUGGAUCUGCUGGGCCUGAAACAUUGGACAUGGUAGAGGCAAUGGAGAACAAUCUACGAAGAUUAAACCGUAAUCGGGAAGCAAUCUUGCCGUUUGAGAUACUGGAAAGGUUUCGGAUGCAUGAAUUUUCAGAAGGAAGUUUGCAUCCGUUUGAAUGCACACAGAGCUGAACAAGAUCAUUACUUAAAGUGCAUAUGGUGCUGAAUGCAAAGCAUGCGCUAUGGAUUUCGGGGUUGGUAGAGAGUUGCGGAUUUGACCUUGUAAAGCAUUUUGGUCGAGGAUAUGUUAGGUUUUUUUUUUUUUUUUUUUGUGUGUGUAGAUACUUCUCCUUCCCUAAAACCCAUGUCGGUUUCUUCUGCUUCUCAUUUUCAUAAUGCAGUUCUGUAUGUAUGUAUAUAUUUGUACUAUUUAUGUCAUUUUGCUCGAGCAUGCAGAUAUGUAUAUAGCCUUCAAACAAAUUGUAUGCGUACAUAAUUAUUUCCUUCAUUGUAAUUGAACAAAAUGUUUGCGUUAUUCCUGGUAUUAUGUAAGAAUAAUAAGGUUAAAACUCUU